UUAAAAUAAACAACAACUACAAUAACAGAACUGUCUAAAAAUGGCGACAGCCACGUUAUUUCAUCAUCAGCACCAUCUUUCAACUUCACAUUACAUCUCCAAACUCUCUCAAAAAAACUCCAUUCUUGAUCAAUGCUUAGUACUAAGUAAUCUUGUUCCUACAUUUUUCCAUGACUUUACACUUAUCAACUCAAAAUCAUGUACACUUAUCACUUAUGAGAUUUCACUGCGUAUGUUUUUGUUGUUGUUGCUCAAAAUAAUGAACAUUUGAGCCGAGAGUCUACCGUACCCAGACCUCACUUGUAAGUUUUCACUGGGUAUAUAUAUAUGUUCUUGUUCUUGUUGUUGAACAACACUUAGCUAAAAGAUAGUUCUAUCCUUCCCAAACCCCAAACCUCACUUUUGAGACUUCACUGUCUAUGUUGUUGUUGUGGUGGUGGUGGUGGUUUCUCAAAAUCAUGAACACAGGAUCUUUCGAAAACAACCUCUCUACCUCCACGAGGUAGUGAUAAGGUCUGCAUACGUAUACUCUAUCCUUUUCAGACAUCACUUAUGAGAUUUCACUCUAUAUGUUGUUGUUAUUGCUCAAAACCAUGAACACUUGAGUCAAGAAUCUUUCGGAAACAACCUCUCUACCUCUACGAGUUAGUGGUAUCCUCUGCAGACCUCACUUGUGAGAUUUCACUGGUUGUUGUUGUUGCUGGUCAAAAUAAUGAACACCCUUUUGAUCAAGAUUUCCAUUUUCACUCUCCUUUGUUUCGUCAUCAACCUUGAAUCUACAUGGGGAUUUGGCUCCAUGGGAUCAAUAUCAGCUGCAUUUGGUAAAAACAGUUUCUUCUGUGCUAUUGAUGCUAGUGGUAAACAAGAUGUUAUAUGUUGGGGCAGUAAAAAUAACAGUAAUCUCGAUGUAUUAAACUAUCCUACUGAUGUUCCUUCAAUGUUCGCUCUCUCCGGUGGCGAUGGUUUUCUUUGUGGCAUUUUGUCAAACACAUCGCAGGCGUUUUGUUUUGAUUCAAUGGGAUCAAGUUCUGAUCUUGUUCCACUUGUCUACAAAACUAAUGGUUAUUCACGUAUAGCUGCUGGGAGAAAUCAUGUUUGUGCUAUUAGGGGGAUGUAUUAUUCGGAGAGUGAUUGGGGUAGUGUUGAUUGUUGGGAUAUUAUACGUAAAUCGAAUGGUAGUAUGAGGUCAAGUGAGAGUUCUUUGUAUUAUAAUCAAUACACGAAUUCAGCAGUUUUCAAGAGUGUAGUUUCUGGAGAUGGGUUUAGUUGUGGGGGUGUUAAGGACGGAGGGGUUCUUUGUUGGGGUCCAAAGUCUAGUAAUCUUGGAAUUUCGAGGUUUUCGGAGAAUGUUUAUGGUUUAACAGCAGGGAUUGACUCUGUCUGUGGGGUUUUGGAAGGGUCUAAUGAGGUGAAAUGUUGGGGUGCUAAUAAAGAUUCAUUUGGAAUUGUUCCGGCAGGGAUGCUAUUCGUGUCGUUGGCAGCUGGUGUAGAGCAUUUUUGUGGGAUUAGACAAGAUAAUCAUGGGAUUAUGUGUUGGGGAAAGUAUAAUUCAUCUUUGAUUCCGAAAGGAUCAGGCUUUUUAGCUAUUGCUUCUUCAGAAUUUAUCACUUGUGGUAUCAGGGAAGGCGAUUUGGUUCUUGAUUGUUGGUAUACGAAUGUGUCAUCGAAAGUAGAUUAUGAUCCACCGUUGCAGCUGUGUAGUCCGGGAUUGUGUACUCCUAGUUCUUGUAGCGAAGGGAAGUUUUCGUUCAACGCGAGCCUUUUGAAUGAGCCUGAUUUGAUAAAUUUGUGUGUUAGGAAAGAUCUGCAGAUUUGUUCACCUUGUGGGGUGAAUUGUUCUGAGGGAUUCUUCGCUUCUAGUUCUUGUACUGAAAAUGCGGACAGGGUUUGUACGCCUUGUUCUCUCUGCCAGAAUAGUUCUUGUUCUGAUGUUUGUAAGCUUCAGAUAUCGGAAGAGAUGAAGCAACAGCAUCAGCAUCAACUACGUCAGCUACUCAUCAUAGUCGGAUCUUCUGCUUUGAGUUUCUUGUUCUGCUUAGCUGGAUUAUGUUUGUUAAUCCGCGUGAUUACCAGCAGAAGUAAAGAAGGUGGCAAGAACCAAUUCGGCUCUUGUAUUCGUAAGCCUGAGAAGGAAACUGAUGCAAAUACUGACCCUCAUCCUCCUGUGUCCGUGGCGCCGUGUCCAGGGGAAGCUCAGAUUUUCCGGCUUUCAGAGCUGAAGGAUGCUACUAACGGGUUCAAGGAGUUUAACGAGCUUGGCAGGGGAAGUUACGGAUUUGUUUAUAAAGCUGUUCUGCCGGAUGGGAGGCAAGUAGCAGUGAAGAGGGCCAAUGCUGCUACGAUUAUACAUAUCAACAGCCGGGAGUUUGAAAUGGAGCUAGAGAUCCUUUGCAGCGUUCGACACAGCAAUAUAGUUAAUUUGUUAGGUUAUUGUGCAGAAAUGGGGGAAAGGAUUCUUGUUUACGAACUCAUGCCUCAUGGAACCCUUAAUGACCACCUCCAUGGGGGUCUUUCUCCGGUUAGCUGGAACCUUAGGCUGAAGAUUGCAAUGCAGGCUGCAAAGGGGCUCGAGUACCUUCACAAGGAAGUUUCUCCUCCUAUUGUGCACCGUGAUAUGAAGAGUUCAAACAUUCUCUUGGAUGCUGACUGGGGAGCUCGGAUUGCAGAUUUUGGACUGCUUACACCUAACGAGAAGGAUCUUAAUGGAGACGUGCAAACGGAUGUCUAUAACUUUGGGAUCGUGCUGCUAGAGAUUCUUAGUGGAAGAAAAGCUUAUGACAGGGAUUGUACACCUCCGAGUAUCGUUGACUGGGCACUGCCUCUGAUCAGACAAGGGAAAGCAGCAGUUAUCAUCGAUCGUUACGUUGCUCUUCCAAGAAAUGUCGAACCUUUGCUUAAACUUGCCGAAAUUGCAGAGCAGGCAUUACGCGAAAAUCCUGCUGAGCGCCCUGAUAUGUCACAGCUGGCACUUCUGUUAGAGCAACUAGUGAAGGAUGUAAUGAUAUCAUAGCCUUCUUUUCGGAGUUUUGUUGUAAUUCUUUUGGUGGAUUUGAAAUUUUUCAGAAAACAAAUUCAGAUGAUAGCAUAUUGGUGAGUAACGCUCUUCUGCAAUUGUACAUUUCGAUGAGCUUCUUGUAAAUUUUGUGCUUAAUAUUUUUUGUUCUUCACAUUCUUGGACAAAUGUCAACAAUAAAUUUUCUUUUCUUAUGGCAAUGAAAUAUGUUGUGCUGCAUCAAA